CCUAACCAGCCGAUCCGCGUGCUGCUGGACGAGGACGGCCACCGACUCGUUCAACUACCCUCGGGCGCGCGCGUCGCCGUGCCCUACGACCCGCUCUACGAGGCGCAGCGGGCCGCCGCCGAGGCCGCCAAGGCCACCGACCCGCCCGACGAGCUGCGCUGCAAGUACAAGAGCACGCGCUGCAUGAACGCGCGCGCCAAGAAGCGCAACGGCGAGCUGCACAACUUCUGCCAGAUGCACCGCGAGCGCGCCAACCAGAACCAGCGCAACUCGGAGCAGCGCAAGCGCGGCAAGCAGGGCGCGACUCCGCGCGCGCGGCGG